AUGGCAGACUUGACCUUCGGGCCCACCUCACCGCAGGUCAUGCACUGCCUUCCCUCCACGUCCCACCCGUCCCCCACCAGCCCCUCACUUCCCCACUCCCCCUCCCUCCCCUCCCCAUCCUACUCCACCUGCGUGCCCUCCCCAUCCUACUCCUACCCCCCACCACCCCCAGCCAAACUCGCCCGCCUCCGCGCGGCCGAGGCAUCGAUUCUUGCGUCGCGCCGCGCCACCCGGCCCACGUCGACCAUCACCCCGCGCUCGCUGUAUGCGCUUCUGAACAUAUCUCCCGACACUGAGCAUGCUGAUUUACUCCGCCUAUACGCCGCUCACAUCGACCGCCAGCGGUCGGCGCCCAUCUCCCCCACUCGUCAUCUCAUGGCCGAAGGGACCGAGCUGCGCGAUAUAGUUUUCUGUCUCCUCCUGGACCCAGAGGCGCGACGCGCUUAUGAUGUGGGGUUACAUCGCGAGAUCUCCGUGGCACCCUGCGGCUCGACGGGUGCGCUCUCUUUCUCAAAUGAUGACCCUUUCGCAGACGGAGACGGAGCAGCUCCCAAGCCCCAUAAUACACCCUACCAGUCUCAGACUGCCACCCUCACUCCGACCGCGCACCCCCUCCCCUUUCCCCUCGUCGACUUACCCGAACCAUGGAAAUCCCACAUCGUCAACACAGCCGUGCAGGCGCGACAGCGCCGCUCGGCGCGUGGACCACGCACACCAGUAGGAGAGGCGUUCAACAUCCCGCCCCUGUCCGCGAUCCCGGUUUUCUCGUCGGCGGCGUCACAAGUCUCUGCAGUUCUAACCCCGGUAUCUCCAGUCUCUCCAUCGACACCCUGGGUCUGGCCACCGUACUCUCCCAUCUCACCCAUCCCUCCCGCUCUUCCACCCCGCACCCGCACCCCAUCCCCGCAACCCCCUCCAUCGCGAGACCACCCCUUCCUGCGCACCGACUUUGUGCGUGAAGGGUGGGGACACCGCAAACCCCCGCCGCCGCUCACGCCGAGCCUCCUCGAGGCAGAGACUACCCAACGGGCCGGGCUGCCCACUCCCAAUGUCACAAAGCUCAAGAAGGACAAACCAGUCGAACCCUUCCCUCCAGUCGAGGACGACGUGCCCCGCUGUCUCUGGCUCAGGAGGACCAAAAACCAAGCCAAACUCCGUGCCGAGUCGACGCCCCGUAUCAUCAUCUCUGGCCCCUUCAACUUCGUACACGUCACUCAUGCACACCCUCCUUCGCCGAUCCGUAUCCCCGCCGGCCCGCAGAACCGCAUGGUCGCCGGCUUUGUCGUGAUCGACAACCCUGCCGCCCAGGCGGUCUCCGGAAUCGCCGUUGACCGACGGGCAACGGCAUGCCCUGCCAUUGGACGCUGGCCGAGUGACGUUCCGGACACGUUCGGUCGGGCGAGUAGACGCGCAGUCUCUUCGCAUGGGAUCAAGCCAAAGUCUAAGCAGCUCCCGGUAAUCGACAUGUCCUGGCCCCGGCAAGUCGCGCAGCGUACCCUCCCUCCAGCGUUCUCCGUUCUGGCCGCAGAGGACUUGGACGACAGAUUGCAUGGAACGCGGCCCGAGAUGGUGACGGCCGAGGCCGCGGCCCCCCUUAAAGCCAGCCUCGAGAGCCCCACGGACGCGGCCACCUCGAACGGAUGCCGAACAGCACUUAUCAACACUCCAACGCAAAGUCUCGGAGACGCCGGCCGUCGCCGUGUCCCCGGCCCUCCAUGUGGGCGCGUAUCCGUGCCUGGGCCCAGCGUGUACGUGCUAGAGUCGAGCGCGUCCCACGCCUUUGAGGCCGGCUGGGGCAGCGUCGCUGAUGCUCGCGAGCGCGUCUAA